AUGCUGCGGCUGGCUAACCCGUCCGUACGUUCGGUUUACGGCGCACACGCACAGCUGAUGCCCGGUGUCCGCUGCCCGACCUGUGCGAGCAAUGGCGUGGAAGUGUGGGUGCUGGAGGGCCGGCGGUGCGCGAAGUGCGGGACGGCCUGUCUUUAG